GUGGCUCUAGUUUUGUUUGAAGUGAACUGCUGUCUGGGACUGCCCUACAAGCUGCAAAGUCGCCAAGCAUUUGAUUUUAACAGUAUAUUCUUCACAAUUCCUCCUUAAUCUUUUAGUGCCUAUAUGCAUCGUCGAGACGAUGUUGGGCCAUCAUUAUCAAAAUGCCGACAAGUCGCAACAACUGGUCAACUAUGUGGAGGAUUAUCUGGAAUGUGUGGAGUCCCUGCCUUUGGACAUACAAAGAAAUGUUUCUCUGCUCCGGGAAAUUGAUGCAAAGUAUCAAGAGGUCCUCAGGGAGGUGGAUGAAGUGUUUGAGAAGUACAAACGUGAGCAGGAUGGCGCUCAGAGGAAGCGGCUGCAGGUCCAGCUGCAGCGAGCGCUCAUCAGCAGCCAGGAGCUGGGCGAUGAGAAGAUCCACGUGGUGACCCAGAUGACGGAGCUGGUGGAGAACCGCUCCCGCCAGAUGGACUCCCACUCCCUCUGCCUGCAGGAGCCCAGCGAGGUGGAGCGGCUCCCCACAGAGCGCCGUACCAGCAUACAAGAGCUGCCGGCCCCUGAACGCACCUCGGCACGCCGCCCUCGACGCCAGCGCAACAGCGAGAGCCGGGACUCCAGCCACCCGUCAGCCAACGGCUCUCUGGUGGACGACCAGGUGGAGGAGCUGUCCAUCCCCCCGCCACGAGAGAAGAAGUCCAAGUCUGCCAAGAAGAAAAAGCGCAAGUCCAAACAGGAGCGAGACGCGUCCCCGGUGGACUUCGCCAUCGACCCCAACGAGCCCACCUACUGCCUCUGUGAGCAGGUGUCAUACGGGGAGAUGAUCGGCUGCGACAACGACCAGUGCCCCAUCGAGUGGUUCCACUUCUCCUGCGUGGGCCUGACCUACAAGCCCAAGGGCAAGUGGUACUGCCCCAAGUGCAGAGGGGACAACGAAAAGACCAUGGACAAAAGCCUAGACAAAAACAGAAAAGACCGCAGGUCCAGGUAGUGACCCCCCCCCCCCCCCCCCCCCCCAUUCCUCUGGAAGAUGUGUUAAGCCUGAGGACUAUCAGCCGUAGUUGGUAACCGUACUCGUGAUGUUGUAAGAGCACAAUCCAACACCACUAGCAGCGGCGCUUAUUAAUCAAGGACACGUUGUGAUGAGCUGGUGCUGAUUGGUCCGCUGGCUCUGACUGUACUGCAGUCUGUAGACAACCUGAAGCUGCCAUCUUCCUCACCUGUGGUUUUGUGAGACUUUGACUCUCAAGAAAGAAAUGAAAGCAUGUUUUGGUUCACUAUCACAUUUCAUUGUGGACGAGGUCCUCAUUAAAAAUAAGGUGUGCCUGUUAAUGAUCAUCAUUUAUGGCCAAACAAACUAUUCUUUUUUUUAAUUUUAAUUUCCCUAUUUGCAAGCAAUUAUUUGAAAUCAGUGUCUGUCUCUAUACAAUAAUCACCGGUAGAGGAUAACUUACACAUGUUAUAUGUUUAUAAGAGAUUGAUAUUUAAGUGAGGAGAUGAUUGUUGAUGGGACACUGGAAUAGGACGUCAUAUUGUUUUCACUGGUUCACUAUCACUAUUGUGUAAAUGUCUUUUUAUAUUCAUUAAAACAAAGUAUAGUCAUGCUGUUACUAUUCA